GGAGAACGCAUCAAGCCCAGGCGGCGGUGGAAAGGUGAUGGGGUGUUUGGAUUCCAUAGGUUUUUCCUUUUCCCCUUGCUAGGUCAAGAGUCUCUUCGCAGCUUGGGGCUAGGAUCUUCAUUUGCCUUUUUUCUUUUUUGGAGGAAGGGGGUUGUGUCCACAUAUUUAAGUAUUUGAGGUUCUUGGGCAACUUCCUUCUUACUUCGCCUCGAGGCGUAUCCUUUUUUUAGCCUGAGGUGGGGUCCUCCCCAGGGAGAGAGAAAGUUGUUUGAGCUCCUUUCUUACUCUGUGCGUGGUUAAAGGCCUCUGGACUCAGUUCCAGGGAAAGGGAGAUGAGUGAUGGGGGGGCCGAGACUCGCGGGUACUGCCUACUUCCGAAGAGUUAGACGCUUCCACCUGGGUGGAGGAGGGGCCCUGGGAACUAGAUUCCUGUGUUAGGAGCCAAGUAGGUAUUGAGGGCGAAGAAACAAGUGGAAAGAGACAUUUCUUUUCUUUUCUUUUCUUUUUUUGUGACGGUGUCUUGCUCCGUCGCCCAGGCUAGAGUGCAGUGGCGCGGUCUCGGCUCACUGCAACCUCCGCCUCCCGGGUUCAAGCGAUUCUCCUGACUCAGCCUCCCGAGUAGCUGGGACUACAGGUGCCCGCCACCGCGCCCGGCUAAUUUUUAGAUUUUUAGUAGAGACGGGGUUUCACGAUGUUGGCCAGGCUGGUCUCGAACUCUUGACCUCGUGAUCCAUCCGCCUCGGCCUCCCAAAGUGCUGGGAUUACAGGCGUGAGCCACCGCGCCCAGCCAGAAAAGAGACAUUUCUUUUGUGGAAGUCGUGGUAGUUCUCCAGGCUGGAGAACACACCUAAACAUGUGGAAUCCCAAUGCCGGGCAGCCAGGGCCAAAUCCAUAUCCCCCCAAUAUUGGGUGCCCUGGAGGUUCCAAUCCUGCCCACCGACCACCUAUUAAUCCACCCUUUCCCCCAGGCCCCUGUCCUCCUCCCCCAGGAGCUCCCCAUGGCAAUCCAGCUUUCCCCCCAGGUGGGCCCCCUCAUCCCGUGCCACGGCCAGGGUAUCCAGGAUGCCAACCGUUGGGUCCCUACCCUCCUCCAUACCCACCGCCUGCCCCUGGAAUCCCUCCUGUGAAUCCCUUGGCUCCUGGCAUGGUCGGACCAGCAGUGAUAGUGGACAAGAAGAUGCAGAAGAAAAUGAAGAAAGCUCAUAAAAAGAUGCACAAGCACCAAAAGCACCACAAGUACCACAAGCAUGGCAAGCAUUCCUCCUCUUCCUCCUCCUCUUCCAGCAGUGAUUCUGACUGAAUACAGGCCCUGGACCCUUCCCUCAAGUCUCACCAGUUCUGCUCUCCCAUCAAGCUUCAGAUGCCAUGUUGUACUGGGGGAAUGUAGCCCUUGUGCUCCCCACCCCCUACCUCCACCUGAGCCUCACCCUGCUGUUGAGCCCUGAGUGGCUAGGGGAAAUGGGAAGAGGAUUGCCAUGGCCUGGCCAUCUUGUUGCUGCUUGGAUAGAUCAUAUAGCUAAUGAAUUAGGCAGGGGAGCUAUUUUUUGAAGAUGAUGAACUAAAUGUUGAAGACAAGUUUGAGAUCUGUAAAAUGUGAUUUUUUACUUCUGCUUAUAAUACUUGUGAUUGGGGAGGUUUGUGGAAAUUCAAUUAUGAUGAAAAACCUCUAUCUUUUUUGUAAUGUUGGCAUACUUGGGGAAUUUAGUGGCAAAUACAUUCCCCAGCAGGCCUUUUGUUGGUUGCACUAACUGCAAGGUUGCUGGGAAGUAGAGUCCAUUUGGUUGAUGAGCUUUGACUGCGGUUUUGGAACCUUACCUCUCCUCCUUAGCCCAAUAUGCUGUCUCGGGUCCUAUUCAAAUAAAGUUAUUUCUCCUGGUCUCA